AUGGAGGGACAGCGAUGUUUGUGCAUCGUUGUAUUUCUUGUCCACACUGCGAUUGGUGCGGGAGAAGGCUCUACCCAGACGCCGUCAACUGAACGACCUGAACUCAACGAUUCCAACGAGCUGACAGUAUCCUUCCCUCCACUAGAAGACAUCUAUACGAGCACUUUAGAGAAACACUUCGCUACUGAAAACAACACGCUGGUGACGUCACAGAUUGGCUCAACUGCGUUGUUGCCUUGCGUCAUCAGAAAUAUUGGGGAUGGUAUCGUCUCCUGGAUAAGAAGGAAAGACUAUCACUUGCUGACUGUUGGUCUGACUACCUACAGUUCAGAUCAGCGAUUCCAAGCAAUCCAUCUCCAACAUUCAGAGGAUUGGACACUCAAGGUUCGUUUCGUUCAAAAGCGGGACGCGGGUAUAUACGAGUGCCAAGUCUCCUCACACCCUCCAACUAGCAUAUUUCUACAUUUAGAUGUAGUUGAGGCCCGCGCGCAAAUUUCUGGGCCAACUGAAAAGUACCUGAAGCCUGGUUCAACCCUCCGCCUGCAAUGCUCCGUUGUACAGACCACUGAGGCGCCAGCUUUUGUUUUCUGGUACCACAACAGCAGGAUGAUCAACUAUGACGUGGAACGAGGCAUCAACGUGACAACGGACACAGAACAGCGUCUGUCCGACCUAUUGAUUCCUGCGGCGAGUGUGUCUCAUGCUGGGAAUUACACCUGCGUGCCGAAUAAUGCUGUACCUGCUAGCAUUUACGUUCAUAUUUUUAAUGGUGAAAAUCCAGCCGCCAUGCAAUCCUCAUCGCCAAGUUACAUCCACCUAAACAUUUUACACAGCUUAUACACAACAAUAGCUUUUAACAUGCUCCGGUGA